GGUGCACUUGACAGAGAGAGAAAGGCAGAAACUGCAGGUGUGGUCUCGAAUUAUGCCUUGCAGAGAGUCUUUCGCCUGGGCUAUUGUUCCUUUAUUUGAUAAUAGCAUUGGUGCUGCUUCUGGUGGAUCUGCUUCUCCUAGUAGCCCUUUUGCUCCCAGCAUGUCUGGGUCUAGUUCCCAUGAGGGUGUCCUUGAGUCUGUUGCAAAGAUUACAUUAGAUGGGAAGAUGGUAGCAAUUCCAAGUGGAUUCCUAAUGAUGAGAAAAAUGCAUCUGGAAAUGGAAACACUCAUGGAAAUCCAGAUCUCAAUGUUGGUGAUCUUUUCCAUUCUAACUGUGAGCUUGAGUUGGAAAAGGAAUCUAUUCGUAAGAGUUGAGCUAAGAAAGGAUGAUGCAGAUGUUCGUAGACAAACUUUAGAGGCAAUGCAUCCAAGGGAACCUGGUUUAUCACUUCAGAAGUGGGCUCACACGCAAGUUGCUGUUGGUGCUUGGAUGGCCUGCUACCAUGAUGAAAUUAAAGUUUCCCUCCCUGCUGUUUGGGCACCAUUGCAUGAACUUAUAUUCACUCUCUUCCAUGUUGAUCUUCAAAUGAAAUUAGAAGUUCCAAAACCAGUAGUAAUUGGAUAUGCAGCACUUCCAUUAUCCACCCAUGCACAGUAUGCAACUGCCUUUAUGUAACCAAACCUUUCGGGCACUAUUCAUUCUUGAUGUAGUAUGGUCUAUAUGUAUCUGUGCACACUGAAAGGCAUAGCACCUUUGUUGAGGGAACAAAAAAAAAUAAGAACAUAAAAGAAAGAAAGAAAUUAUAAUCAUUGAAUUUUUCCAAAUGAUUCUAGGUUGCUAUUUUGCUUCUUACUGAGAUCACUCCAAAAAGUAUAGCUGUUCACAAUCCCGUGGAGGUUGCUAGAUUUGUGGUA